AUGCCCUCUCGACACAUCCUAGCGCUCAUUGCUCCGGCUUGGGGUCAUGCGCUCCCUUAUAUCCACCUGACGACUCGCAUGUUGGCCUUGGAUCCAGACUUGGUGGUUACGAUUGUGCAGCACCAAAGCUUCGUCCCCAGGAUGCUUAAAGAGUUUGGCACGUGUUCUUAUGAUAAGAGCAGGCUGAAGAUUGAGGGAGUGGGCGAUAAGGAGAACAGCUUCUCACCUUCGCCGACGAACAUCGAAGCGAGUCUGACACAGCUCACAGCUGGAUGGCUCGGAAUCUUAGCCAAAGCGGUCAUUGGAGGGUCCACCUGGCCCCAGCCUAACACGCUGCAUAUGGACUUCUUUGGAGGGGGAUUUGUCAUCGAGGAAUCAAAGGCCUUGUUGGGACCGGAAGGAAAGGUCUUGCUCUGGUGCUCUACCGGAGUCGCGAUCUGUGUGGCUGAGAUUAGUCAACUUGACUUCGCUAAGACUGCGAAGGAGAUACACGCUGACGAAUCCAAACAAGCGGGCAGAACAAUCGAGGAGAUACUUGGCGACGUCGUGUGCGCCUCGAACGGCAGUGACAAGCUCGAUGGGCGUGUAAUCGAGCUUUUCGGUGGAGUGAGGAUAUACGAUUAUGAGCGAGUGGCACAGGGCGCGGGAUCAUUGCGCCCAUUCGCUGCUGUUUUGACAUCUGCGCAGCGGUUAGCUCAGUUGGCCGACGGAAUUUUCUGUCCCACGAGCAGCCCUUUGGAGCCCGCAGCAGUUACCUUUGCUCGCGAGUAUUACAAGCAGCGUGGACAAGAACUAUUCCUCGUCGGCCCUCAGAUGCACGAUGAUGAGUGGGAGGCGAUGUCGGCAGGUCCCGGACCUAGCGAGGAGAAAGUGAAGACGUUCUUAGACAAUUCGCGCAAAACAUAUGGGCCCAAAUCCGUUUUGUAUAUCUCUUUUGGGGACCUCCAAUUAUUACGUAAAAUGGCUUCGAGGCCCCCUCCGGAGGCCAUCAAACCACCCCCUACCCCCCCUGAUCGGAGGCCAUCCUGGAGGCGCCUUCCUAAUUGGGACGCUGCCUGGCCAUUUGUCCACCGCUUGCAUGACAAUGUCUGA